AUGGCUCGUCACAAGAAAAAGCAACGAUCAGCAUCGCGCCAGGACGAAGCUGCCGCUCGGCGAAAUUUUCUCGACGCUCUUGAAGCUCAACGGUCCAAUGCCCGCAGCAAAGUGAGCGAAACCUGUGACGAAAACGUCAAAGCGACGCCUCCAGGGGUCCCACUUCCAGGUUUUUACUAUGACGAGGACAAGUGCCGCUACUUUCGGUCUUCCUUCGAAUCCGAGCGCCAUCGACGCCAUCAACUGGAGCAGCAGGAGCAGGAACGACAACGUGUCGUAAAAGAGUGGGACAUCCAUGGUCAACUUCAGCACCGUCCUCGAAAUGGGGUCGUCACGCGUCACAAGAACUGGGUGACGUCUCUCUCUCAACGACAGCGUGACUUCACUUGGAGUGCAUGCAGUCGAGAUCAACGUGAUUUGAUGCCUCGCUUUCUGUCCAAGCUGCUGUCUUCGCAGGUAGUUGAAUUCCAGGAUGUGGAAUGGACUGGUCGGCUCACGGCAUUGGCGUUGCAUUCACGGGAUACCGAUCUCGGAGCUGUGGGUGCCAGCAGUGGCAUGGUGGAGAUCCUCGGGAUGCGGAAAGUGCCGCCGGAAGAUGGACAAGCCACACCUUCGCGACUAACACAUCCAGUAUAUGAUUUUGCUGUGGACGGGGUCGUAACUUCUUUGCAGUGGCGCCCAGUGCAAGAGCUCGCGUUGCUGGCAUGUCAUCUCGGAUCUGGCCAAAGCAGUAGCUCACAGACGUCGUCAGGAAACGUGUGGUUUCUCCCAAUGCAUGGUCACGACCGCAGUGAGGCUACACCCUCGUCAAUAGCACCCACAAAGCGAAUGAAGUUUGUCGACCCAUGGACAGCACAAUGGAACCCGACCGAACCCAGCAAGUUUAGUGUCGGAUGUGGCGAGUCGUCAGGCGCUGCGUACGUGGACAUUGUUGCAAAUACCGAUGAUUUCCAGCGCGCUCCAACUGGAGCUCUUACGAGCGACGUCCAUGCUCAAAGCUUAUUCAGCACGGGCCACGUCGUGCUGAAUGGGACGAAGAGCGGCGGGUGGUGGGGCUGGGAUAUCCGAGCUCCUCGUCGAAUUUUUGAACAGGAAGCAGAGACUUGUGCAGGUCAACCUGCAGGCUCGAUUCUCGAUAUUCACGUACUGAGCGAUUGUCGAAGAGCUGUAGUGCAGCGAUCGAAUGGAGAAUUACGAGUCAUGGAUCUCCGGACGUUUCGACCGGUGCUGGAGUUCGUGCAAGGCGCAACAAAACGCUAUUUGCCAAGUUUGCGCUGUGCGGUCGACAGCAGCGAGUCAAUUGUUGUCUCGGCUGGUGAUGCAAAGCAUCCACAGGCAGUAAACUGCUUCGAUCUUUACAGUGGACGCCGUGUCGGGUCAGUUGAGGCCCAACAUGCGCAGCAAUUAGAGCACAGCUCGGCACCUGUGCAACAAGUGCAAUUGAAAUCGGAUCAGCAUGGAAGUCGCUGCGCAGACAAGUAUCACGUGUGGGCCAUAUCUCGUAACGCACUUUAUGUUUCCAGUAGGCGGACCACUAAUCAGACAAUGUGA